AUGCUCUGCCUCUCAGUACUCACCUUCGUCAUGGCCGCGCUGGUCUCAGCGGCUCCGCCUCCCAAGAAGGAUAAGAACCAGUUCACGAUCCGUCCCAUCGCUCAGCAAGACAAGUGCCUGGACGUCGAGCCCGCUUCCGGUGAGAGCGUCGGCUACGCCCUGGUCCAUGCCGCAAAGAGCGCGGUCGCGCUGUCGCUUCCCAAACGUUCCAAGCUCCUUCGCACGAGCUACCAGGUCAACGGCGCACCCGGAUGUCUCUGGACCGAGGCUCCGGAGGACACCCCUUAUCCCGGCGUCGUGCCCUCGGUUGCGGCCUGCCCGGCGAAGGACAGCGAGGAGUACGACAACUUCCGCUGGCGUAAGACAGACAACCAAGGCCUGCAGAUCUAUCGCCCCCGCGGUCUCCGCCCUGGACUCAGGAUGAUCAGCCUUGCGCGCGAGGACAACAACCAGACCAACACCGUCGCAGCUCUCAAGUCGUUCAGCGACACCGACGACAUGAAGUGGGUCUUCAUCAAGGCUUGA